AUGCGGUUGAAUAAUAAAAAUGAUGGUCAUAGAAAUGUUGCUCAAAAAGAAAAAGGAUGGAAUGAUUUAUAUGAGACAGUUGUAAAUAUUUCAUCUAAGUCAUCCAUAAAAUAUGAUGAAUAUACUUUAUUAAAUAAAGAUCUUAAUAAAUUACAGACAUGUAAUCGUUUUAGUUUUACCUUAACGUCCACAGGGGAGGUAACAAAAGAACAGCUGGAAGUCUCCAGGAAAUUGAUACGACUGUGUAAUUUGAGAGAUACAUAUAUAAAACAUUUUAAAGAUAUCGAUACUUCUCUUGUAGAAAGUAAAUCAUUAAAUGAAAAGUAUAAAAGCAAAAACAUAAAUGACUAUGAAUCUUCAGAACCUAUUUAUAAUCCUUAUAAUGUUAAAAUGUUAAAAAAUUGUAAUGCCUUCAUCAAUUUUGUCGAUGGGAUAUUUUUUGUUCAUUGGGACCCUCACACGGAUGAAGGACCUCCAAACAAGGAUAUGUGCAUGGAAUCAAAUAAGCUAGCUAACCAUCGAAAUAUAAAAUCACCAGAAGAUUAUUUAUCAAGCAUACAAGAAAUUAUGAAUGUUGUGCAAGACCCUGCAUGCAAAAGUUUUUGUUUUCAACGAUUAAAAUAUUUAGAAAAGAAAUUUGAUUUCCAUAUAAUGUUUAAUGGUCCUUUAGAGUUGUCAGAAACUCGAGACAUUAAGCAUCGAGAUUUUUAUAACAUAAGAAAGGUAGAUGUACAUGUACAUCAUUCAGCAUGUAUGCAACAAAAAGAAUUGUUACGUUUUAUAAGAGAGAAAUAUAGAACAGAACCAAAUACAGUAGUAUAUGUAAAUGAAAAAAGAGAGAUGUUAACAUUAAAGAGUAUUUUUGAUGAAGAAUUAAAAAGUACAGCAUAUGAAUCAACAAUAGAUACAUUAGGUGUUAAUGCAUUAGGAAAUUGUUUUCAUAGAUUUGAUUUAUUUAAUGAGAAAUAUAAUCCAUUUGGACAGAAAUUAUUAAGAGAUAUAUUUUUAAAAACAGAUAAUUAUAUUGAAGGAAGAUACUUAGCAGAGAUUACCAAAAAACAAAUAAAGAAUCUUGAACGUUCAAAAUAUCAACAUGUAGAAUGGAGAAUAUCAAUAUAUGGUAAAAAUAAAAAUGAAUGGUUGAAAAUAUCUAAAUGGGUUCUUAAUAAUAAACUUAGUAGUAUAAGAGUAAGAUGGAUGAUACAAGUACCUAGAUUAUAUCAUAUAUAUAAAAAAAUGAAACUAAUAAAUACUUUUGCAGAUUUCCUAAGUAAUAUAUUUUCACCUUGUUUUGAAGCUAUAAAAAAUCCAGAAUCAAAUAAAGAAAUUUUUAUUUUCUUACAUCAAAUUGUUGGAUGGGAUAGUGUAGAUGAUGAAUCUAUUAUUUCCAACUAUACUUUGAAGGGAGGAGAACUACCAACACCUGAUAAAUAUACUAGUGAGCAUAACCCUCCAUAUUCUUACUAUGCAUAUUAUAUGUAUAUAAAUAUAAGAAUGUUGAAUGAGUUUAUGAUUAGUAGAAAUAUGAGACCAAUGGCAUUCAGGCCGCAUUGUGGUGAAAUCGGUAAUAUAAGUCAUCUAUCAUGUAUGUUUUUAUUAGCUGAUAGAAUAAAUCACGGUAUUAAUUUAAGGAAAUCACCUGUAUUAUUAUAUUUAUAUUAUCUUAAGCAAAUAGGAUUAGCUUUAUCGCCCCUAUCAAAUAAUGCUUUGUUCUUACACCUUGACAAAAACCCGUUUAAACGUUUUUUUAAAAUCGGCCUAAACGUAACAUUAUCUACAGAUGACCCUCUGAUGUUUCAUUUUACGGAUGAACCCUUACUUGAAGAAUAUUCUAUAUGCGCACAUACUUGGAAAUUAAGUACUGUCGAUCUAUGUGAAAUUGCAAGGGCAUCUGUUAUUCAAAGUGGAUAUGAACCAGCAUUUAAAAAACAUUGGUUAGGAGACGAGGAUGAAUUUUUUAAUUUUCAAAAUGAUCCCAAUAAAACAAACUUAUCAAAUACAAGGAUGGUAUAUAGGAGAAAUACGUUAGAGGAGGAAAUAAAAAAUAUCGAACGACUAGCUAGCUAUUCAUCAAACAAUUAA